GGAGGAGCUCUCAGCCGUGGCAGCUGAGGCUCCAGCCUUCGCCAGGGCGGCGCAGCAGACAAUAACCGGGCUAGAAACCAGACCGGGCUGGGUAAACCUUUGCGCGCAGCCAGUAGUUUCCGCCUGCCCGCCCUCCGGUGGCAGUCCCGCGUGCUCCGCUCUGGCAGCCUGGAGAGGAGCUCUCAGGGCUGGGCGGGUCGGCAUUCGGACCGCUCUGCGCUGCCCCUUGAAACCCGCUUUGAGGACUGCCCGGUGUGGGCCAGUGCCAGGUACUCGGCGCGAGCGACUGCGGCUAGAGGCGGAGAAGAGGUGGGCAGGCCGACCCAACUGUGAUGCUUCCUUUCUGAUGAUGUUAUAAAAGUGCUCAGAAGCCAGAAGGCUGCGUUUUUCAGCUGAACAUACCUGAGUUGUCCCCACUAUCAUGGAAACCCGAAAGGAUGAAUCUCUUCAAGCCAAGGGAGCAGCAGUCUCUGUGGAUACCAAGGACCAAGGGGCAGAGAAUGGAGCCAAGAACAAGGCAGCUGAGAUGAUAGAAGGGCCAGCAUCAGAACCACCCUCAUCUGGCCCAGGUAGGCUGAAAAAAACUGCCAUGAAACUCUUUGGUGGCAAGAAGGGCAUCUGUACCCUGCCUAGUUUCUUUGGAGGGGGACGAAGCAAAUGUUCUGGGAAAGGCAACUCUAAGAAGGGCCUUAGCAAGAGCAAGACCCACGAUGGCCUGAGUGAAGCAGAUCAUGGCCCCGAAGAUAUUGUCAGCGAAGGAACUGGCCUCUCCUUACCUUUGCCUGAGUCAUCCUGCCAGCUUCUCAGCUCCCAGAGUGCCCAUGGGUCUUUGGAGAUAGGCUCCAGAUGCAAGAUAUCUGUGGCUGGAACCACUGAGAAGGUUCCCUUUGUGACCAAGCCAAAAAAAGGCCUGAAAGGUUUUUUCAGCAGUAUCCGCCGUCACCGGAAGAGCAAGGUCUCUGGGGCUGAGCAAAGUGAUCCAGGGGCCAAGGAGCCUGAAGGGGCCAGAGCCCGGCUUUACGAGCAUGUGAGCUCAGCCCUUCUGCCCCACACUGAACAAACCCUCCAAGCCCCAAGAGAGGAAAAUACCAAGUCCCAAGAUCCCCCUGGACCCAAAGUUUCUUCAUUAUCAGAGCCUUCUCCAACAGCCACUGAGAAGACAGCAUGUAAAGAUCCCGAAAAAAACACGAAAGCCUGUGCCUCCGCACUCCUGCAGCCCAAACCUGCCCUUGAAGCCAGUAGCCCAGAGGAGCCCCACAGCCCAGAAACAGGGGAGAAGGUGGUGGCAGAAGAGGUAAAUCCACCUGGUGGCCCUGUGGGGGACCAGCUGAGCCUCCUCUUUGGGGAUGUCACAUCUUUGAAAAGUUUUGACUCACUGACAGGUUGUGGUGACAUUAUAGCAGAACAGGACAUGGACAGUAUGACAGAUAGCAUGGCCUCCGGAGGCCAGAGGGCCAACCGAGAUGGGACUAAGCGAAGUUCUUGCCUGGUGACCUACCAAGGAGGGGGUGAGGAAAUGGCUUUGCCCGAUGAUGAUGAUGAAGAGGAAGAGGAGGUGGAAUUAGAGGAGGAAGAAGAGGAAGUCAAGGAGGAAGAAGAUGAUGACUUAGAAUAUAUGCGGGCAAGUGCCCAGGUGUACCCAAGGCCCAAUCUAAAUCCAGGCUACCAUUCCACUACAUCCCCAGGCCACCACGGCUACAUGCUUCUUGACCCAGUUAGGUCUUAUCCUGGCCUAGCCCCUGGGGACCUUUUGACUCCUCAGAGUGAUCAGCAAGAGUCUGCCCCCAACAGUGAUGAAGGUUAUUAUGACUCCACCACGCCUGGACUUGAGGAUGAUUCAGGAGAGGCCCUGGGGCUUGUCCACAGGGAUUGCUUACCCCGAGACAGCUACAGUGGCGAUGCCCUCUAUGAGUUCUAUGAACCAGAUGAUAGUCUGGAGAACUCCCCACCUGGGGAUGACUGCCUUUAUGACCUCCAUGGUCACAGCUCUGAGAUGUUUGACCCCUUCUUGAACUUUGAUCCUUUUUCUUCCUCUAGGCCACCUGGGGCAAUGGAGACAGAGGAAGAACGGUUAGUGACCAUCCAAAAACAGUUACUAUAUUGGGAGCUUCGGCGGGAGCAGCUUGAGGCCCAGGAGGCACAUGCUCGAGAGGCUCAUGCCAGGGAGGCCUACACCCAAGAAACUCACACUAGGGAGGCCCAUGCUCAAGAGGCCUAUGCCAGGGAGGCCUGUAUCCGAGAAGUCCGUGCUCGAGAGGCUCAAGUCCGAGAGGUCCAGGCCCGGCAGGAGAAGCCAAUCAUGGAGUAUCAGAAGAGGCCUUUAGGCCCUUCAGUGAUGGGCCUGGUGGAAGGGGCAUCAGGUCCCUCACAGACUUCCCACAAAGGAACCACCUCAGCUUUCCCUGCCACUGAAAGCAGCCAGCCAGAUUGGAGGGACUUCAGACCUUUGGAAAAGCGUUUUGAGGGAACCUGCUCCAAGAAAGAUCAAAGUGCCUGCCUGAUGCAGCUCUUCCAGAGUGAUGCUAUGUUUGAACCAGACAUGCAGGAAGCAAAUUUUGGAGGUUCUCCCAGGAGGGCCUACCCUACUUACUCACCCCCUGAAGAGCCAGAGGAAGAGGAAGUUGAGAAGGAAGGGAAUGCCACUGUGAGUUUCUCUCAGGCUCUUGUGGAGUUCACCAGCAAUGGAAACCUCUUUUCUAGCAUGUCUUGCAGCUCUGACUCUGACUCAUCAUUCACUCAAAACCUCCCUGAGCUGCCUCCCAUGGUGACCUUUGACAUAGCUGAUGUUGAACGGGAUGGGGAAGGGAAAUGUGAAGAAAAUCUUGAGUUCCACAACGAUGAAGACCUUGCAGCCUCCUUGGAAGCUUAUGAACUGGGGUACUACCAGAAACAUGCCUUCAACAACUACUGCAGCAGAUUCUACCAAGGCCUACCUUGGGGUGUGAGCAGUCUUCCUCGAUACUUGGGACUGCCUGGCAUGCACCCUCGACCUCCACCUGCUGCCAUGGCCCUCAACAGGAGGAGCCGCUCCCUUGACACUGCAGAGACCCUGGAGCUAGAGCUCUCCAAUUUUCACCUGGCCCAGGGCUACAUGGAGUCUGAUGAGCUUCAUGCUCAGCAAGAAGAUUCAGAUGAAGAGGAAGAGGAAGAAUGGGGCCGAGAUAGUCCCCUGUCCCUCUACACUGAACCUCCAGGGACCUAUGACUGGCCUGCCUGGGCUCCUUGUCCUCUCCCAGUGAGGCUAGGUCCUGCCUGGAUAAGUCCUAGCCAGUUGGAUGGGCCUUCCAGCCAGUCUCAGCAUGGGCAGACAGCCUGUUGUGUAUCUCCUGUUGCCAUGUCAAUGUUGUUGUCAGUAUCAGGGCCAGAGCCAAAGGCACCUGGGGAAUCUAAGGCUCAGCUAGCUCGACCUUCACACCUACCCCUGCCUAUGGGCCCUUGUUAUAACCUCCAGCCAAAGGUCUCCCAGAGUGCGAGGGCCAGGCCUCGAGAUAUGCUGCUGCCUGUUGAUGAGCCCAGUUGCUCCUUCAGUUCUGGAGGCUUCAGCCCCAGCCCUCUGCCCCAGGCCAAGCCUGUGGGCAUUACCCAUGGCAUCCCUCAGCUGCCCAGGGUCCGGCCUGAGCCCCCAGAGCCUCAGUCCAUUCACUGUGGCGCUUCCACCCUUGACCUCUCAAAGGAGAGAGCAGAGGAAGGUGCCUCUCUCCCCACCAGCUACUCCUCCACUGCCAUGAAUGGAAACCUAGCUGAGUAGUCAUCAUCAAUUCUGGAGUGGGAGGCAUGGGGACUGAGCAUGUGAAUGGGUACAGAGGUAGGGAGAGGGGUGGGGGGUGGGUGUUGCUCCUUAACUUGAAAAUCCUUUUGGCCAAGGAAAGCUAUGAGUUUUCACCUUUGUUUUCCCACUUUCCCUUGUCCCUCAUCUGUGGCCACAUUUAGUUCAAGUACAUCUGCCCUGGGAGACUGCUGCUAUUGCUAUGAUCCAGUUUUUGCUUUCAGGGUUUUUUCUUGUGACCCAUGCAGGGUUUGGGAUGCUGUAAUUUUGUGCCUAUUCCAGUUGCUGAGUUAGCGAUUAUAUAUAUAGCAUGCAUCCUUGACAUACACUGAACCCUUAGCACCCCUGCCACUUCUCCACCCAGUGUGUGAUGAACCACUGAUGAGCAGCCAGGUCUGCACUCCCUCCCACUUGGGGACAGGGAGCUUGUUUCCUGUUAUCAAUGUGAAAUUAUGAUACAGAUCCUUCCUACCCCCACUUCCUCUGGCCUUGGCAUAGCUGCCACCAUUACAUCAGAUGAUACAAUCUGUUAGUCCCAGUUAGCUGUCCUUAGGUUCAAGUAACAUGUGUCUUGCUGCCUACUGCUGUGGACUUUGGCAUCAUAACCAGAUGAGGAGGGCCUUUUAACCUGGCCUGCCACACUUGGGUUGAAGACAAAAAUAAUUCCCUUAAUAGAGUGAUCAAAUUCAUCAAGUUGCAGAUAGAAGACAAAAUAGGGUUCUAUUGUAGACACUGCCAUAAGUCUUGAGCUCCGGAAUGGUAGGAUUUUUUUCUUCUUCAUUUCUUAAGCUUGUGACUGCCUGAGUUGCCGAUGCUUUUGAAUUUUGGUUCUCUUUUCCUCCAAAAUAUAUUUUCAUAAUUUUGUCACAAGGAACACAGUCUUUUAAUUGAGAUACAGGAAGAGCAGCUGCCUAAAUUAGGCUUGGCUGUAGGGGCUGGGGCUUUUGCAGGUUGCAGGAGAAGGAUAGUAAAUGGCAGCUCAUUUUUCUUUGCCAUCAGGAGAGAGGAUUUUAGAUAUUGAAGAGCUCAUAGCAACCCAGGUUCUUAAAAGGGAAAAUUGCUUCCCCUGCCCCAGAGACAAAAAGUUCCUUAAGCUUUGCCCACCCCUUCCUUGGACCCCGUAAAGAGGUUCCAUGCUAGCACUCCCAAGAGACAGAACACCUCGGGCAUUUAGGCUGCUGUUCCAUGCUCUCUAAAGAACUUUCAUUUUCCAGUUAGCCAAGUUCUUAGCAUCAUUAAAAGACCAGACUUCUUGAGAGGAAAGACUGUCACCAGCCCUCACUCUGCCAAGCUGAAGGACUCUGAUUUGCAUCGUAAUUGCAGCCCUUUAUGGAAUGAAUAGUGUCUUUCCUUCUCCCACAUCCAUACAAUUUUCAUGUAAAACUAGCUUGGAAAUGUUGGUGGGAAAGAGUUACUGCCAGGAAGGCAUUGCAACAGGCUAAUCUUACCAGUCUCUACUUCUCAUUAAUGACCAAUAUGAGAGGGUUCCUUUUUGCAAUAAUUUCUUUAUUGGAAAUAGUAUAUGGAACAUUUUUUCUUGGAUAUGUUGACCCAAAUUAUAAUCCUUGUUCCUCUGACCCUGUCCCAUCCCCCAACCAUCUUCAUGCCUGUUAAGAGAAGAGGUAAACAGGGCUCUUGCCAUUCCCAAGGUACGUCAACUUAGCUUAGGAACAUAUGCUGUUGGCCCCCCAAGUCAAGAUGACUUUGUGGACAAACUGCUCCUCGGCAAGGGAUGUGUCUGUGCUGGUCUUUGUCACAAUUUCUCAGAUUGAGGUAGGCCCACUGCCUCUUCCCUCAAAGAGGAAAAGGUUGGUAGAAGCUGCACCCCGGAAGCAACACAUGGAUUUACAUGGCACCGACACCAACACUCAAAGGACCCAGACCAGCUCUCUAGGCUGACCUUGUCUGCAUUGUUAAGAAAUGCAUCAGCCAUUGAGCUGGAGAAUCAGAGAGGGUGAGGAAGGCCCCCCUCACUACAAGUACAGCAUUCCAUGAGAAAAGUGCCCAGAUUCUGGCCUCUCACCAAAGCUGCCCUGGAACUGAAUGGCCUGGCUCUUUGGCAGGAAGGAAACACUCACCAAAUGCCUUUACAACAGGGGAAAACCCACCACUUGCCUCUUCUGUCUCUGCUUGUCCUUCAGGGCAGUUCAAGCUCCUGUUUGUAUGUGGACUAUGCCAGCCACAGCAGGUGGUAGAGCCACCAUCAACCUCCAGAGCCCACUUGAUCACCAACCUAUCUGAGAAGAGAAAAAGUAGGUGGUCAGCCUUUGGCCAAGGGCUGAGAGCCACCCUCCGUAACAAGAGGGCAACAAAAGGUGACACCUCUGCAGGGAGCAGUCAUGGCCCUGACACACUUUGCUGAACUUUGGAAGGUGGCUUAUCACAGAGUAAGUGCUAAGACUGAGUGGCAACUUGUGGUUUGGACAUUGCUGCCUGCAAGUCCUCUUGUCCUGGUCUGCCCAGGGACAGGAUCCUUACCACCAGAAGUGAAGCAGUCAGGGUGCGUGGCUUCAGAAGCAGGGUCCUUUGAGUCUCACUCUAGAUCCAAGCAGUUCAUGGCUAAGUCUCAGCUGCAGCCUAGAAGAAGAAGGAAGACUGGCUGAGGACAUGUGAUGACAGGACAAGGUGAUACUGGGAGAGCCAGCCAAGCUCAAGGCCUCUCCCCAAACAUAUGCUAGUGCUUGCUUGGCUAACACCAAAUACGUCAUGGACUAAUAAAGAUGUAGAUGUCAAGUCCACAGAUGGAACACUGUAUCUACAUGGCAAGAUCAUGGGCUAAUGCUUUUGGAUGUGACUUCAAGGGAAGAUAUGACUUGAAAAAAGGUGACUGCUCUUAUAUUGAUACCCAGAAGGCUUAUAUAGUGUCAGAUAGCUCUGAUCUUGAGAAUUCCAAAUGAGACUGGUCCUUGGAGGACCAGUGACUGUGGAUGGAGAAGGCCACCUAGGAAGGCCUCUCCCAAGGCUGACAGUUUCCCCAUGCUUUAGCGCCUUCAAUGAAGCCCUGGCUCAGUUGGGGCCUGCCCUGGUUGUCUGGGUCAGCUUGGGCACCAGUCCACAAGCCUCAGGCCAGAGGCUUUGGUCAACAUCAGUCUUUCUCCCUCAGUACUGUUCCAAGGAGGGAAGUAGCUUCCCACACCCAGGGUGCGUUUCUCUCAUCCUGAUGCCGACAACUUUCCAACCCUUGCCAGUGCUACCACCCCACCUGCCCUCGGCCCCUGGGCCCAAUUGCUAGAAGGAGGCAUAGGGGGCUUAGAAGGGAGAUUUCAAGUUUACUCAUGUGUAUGUUGCAUCCACGUUGUUUUUAAUAUAUAUAUAUAUAUAUAUAUAUAUAUAUCAAAAGUCAAUUAUCUAUUUUUGUAUUGUUUGCAUUUUAUAAUCAUGGAAAACAAUGUUUAUCAAUUGUUCUUUUCUGAUAUAUUUUAUUUUUAAGCGGUGCUGUUUAUAGUUUUAAACAAAGUGAAGAUGACACAAAAAUUGCUGCUGCUUAUGUAGAGGGUUGGCAUCUCAACUGCCCAGGGCCCUCACUCUUUCCCCUCUCCCUGAUGUAUCACAUCAUCCAUUCUCUCCCUCCAUGAUAGGGACAGCAGAAGAUGCCUAGGUACUAAGACAAAUGCCAGGUGACUCAACCAUGUAGAACCUGGUAGAUGGUGUAUCAUUUUAUGGUUUUACUUUUUCUUUUAGACCCUGCCCUUCCCUGUGUGUAGACCUUCUGGAAUUAAUCAUGUCUCUGUCUCUCACUCUCUUUCCUCUUUAUGUUGUGCUCUAGUUGAAACCAGAGUUUUCCAUGUUUUGCUAUUUGUCAUAUUGAGUUUCUCCAAAGGAGCAUUUUUUGGGGACAUUCUCUACCCAGUGGGGAGGGCAGGGACUUUCAAAUAUUACCCCUCUCCCCAAGAAGCUGGGGGAAAUAGAUAAAAGUGAUGCUUGAAUUAUCAGGAAUUGCCCAUCUCAUUGAGGAAACCCUUGCAUGGGACUUUCAAGGAGCUCAGAUGAUUUUGACACUCACCCAGAAGAGACCUUGGGGAAUUCCUUGACCCUUCUUGCUGCUUGGGGAAAUCUCUUCCUCUGCCACCAUUCCCAUUCCCCUGCUGUGCUCCAGCUCACAUGUGGAUGGAACUUUGGGGAACAGUGGCUGUUAGGGUGAUGGCUUGCUGGCCUAAUUCUCACCUUUCCAUCCUAUAGUCACUCCAAAGAAGAAAAUCCACAUGGCAUGUAUAUGUGUGAGGUUUGGGCCCACUGAGAAUCGAGGCUUUAAUUAUUAUUCUUGUUACUAUUGGUGCUUAUUUUCUCUGAUGUAUAUGGGGUGGGGGGGAGAAACCAGGAAUGUAUAUUUAGAUCACGGUAAAUAAAAUGGCUGGGGGGACAGAGGAAAGAAAUUGGAAAUGGCAGUACAUCCCCACCCCCAGGUUUAAGAGUUCUUUCUCUCUCAGUGCACAAAGGGGAUCAUGGCCCUUUGAUGUGCCCUAGCUUCCCCUUCCCUAUCCCUGAGAUACGGAAUUUCCUGGAUUGUGACCUCUCUAAUCCUAGUUCUUACUGACAUCUAGAUAUCUUGAUGCACUGCCUGUUUGUAACAACAAAUAUUUCUUUUGCUGAAUGCUAAUAAACUGGCUUCAAGAGGGGACCCCCCCCCCCAGUCA